UACGUGAAGCCGGCUCUAGCGAGUUGCAAAUAUUAUCAGCUUAUCAGUGAUAGUGUAUUACCAUCUCUUAUCGCACUUUAUAACAUGUGGAUUCACGUUACCAUAUAAGGUAACGAAAAUUGUGAUUGGUGGGCUAUUAUGCUAACGAUAGCAUAUGAACUCUGAUAAGACGGUUUUAUAUAGUUAAUACUCUCAGCAACUGGCUCAUUUUUGUGAAGCAAGCUGGACGUAGCGGCUGUCGCAUUUACUUAUCCUCUGUACUUAAUUUAAAAUCUAAUUCAAAAUGUGCGACGAGGAAGUUGCCGCGUUAGUAGUUGACAAUGGCUCCGGUAUGUGCAAGGCCGGUUUCGCAGGAGACGAUGCACCCCGUGCCGUCUUUCCCUCAAUCGUGGGCCGCCCACGUCAUCAAGGCGUGAUGGUCGGUAUGGGUCAGAAGGACUCGUACGUGGGUGACGAGGCCCAGAGCAAAAGAGGUAUCCUCACUCUAAAGUACCCCAUCGAGCACGGUAUCGUCACCAACUGGGACGAUAUGGAGAAAAUCUGGCACCACACCUUCUACAAUGAACUGCGUGUGGCGCCCGAGGAGCACCCCGUGCUGCUCACCGAAGCACCCCUCAACCCCAAGGCUAACAGAGAAAAGAUGACACAGAUCAUGUUCGAGACCUUCAACACGCCCGCCAUGUACGUCGCUAUCCAGGCCGUGCUAUCUCUGUACGCGUCCGGUCGUACCACCGGUAUCGUGCUCGACUCCGGCGACGGUGUCUCGCACACGGUGCCCAUCUACGAAGGAUACGCGCUGCCGCACGCCAUCCUGCGUCUGGACUUGGCCGGUAGGGAUCUCACUGACUACCUCAUGAAGAUCCUCACCGAGCGUGGUUACUCUUUCACCACCACCGCUGAACGUGAAAUCGUACGUGACAUCAAGGAGAAGCUCUGUUAUGUCGCCCUCGACUUCGAGCAGGAGAUGGCCACCGCCGCCUCCAGCAGCUCGCUCGAGAAGUCUUACGAACUUCCCGACGGUCAGGUCAUCACCAUCGGUAACGAAAGAUUCCGUUGCCCAGAGGCUCUCUUCCAGCCCUCAUUCUUGGGUAUGGAAGCUAAUGGCAUCCAUGAAACUACUUACAACUCCAUCAUGAAGUGCGAUGUUGACAUCCGUAAGGACUUGUACGCCAACACAGUAUUGUCCGGUGGUACCACAAUGUACCCUGGUAUCGCUGACCGUAUGCAGAAGGAAAUCACAGCUCUUGCCCCAUCCACGAUGAAGAUUAAAAUCAUCGCUCCCCCAGAAAGGAAAUACUCCGUAUGGAUCGGUGGUUCCAUCCUCGCCUCCCUGUCGACCUUCCAACAGAUGUGGAUCUCGAAACAGGAGUACGACGAGUCCGGCCCCUCAAUCGUGCACAGGAAGUGCUUCUAAGCGCCAAUUAAGACUUGCUAAUACAAUAUGAUGCCCUACACCGAGACCCCGAACGGACGGCUCAAAUUACGCUUGUGAUGUAUGUUUUAAGUGCAGUAUUUAAAUAGGUUGUAAGGUGUCGUAAUAUGCAUAUUACGUAAUUUUUGACAAAAGAUUUUUAAUUUAUUUAUUAAAAGUCACUAACAUUUUUAAUAAAAUAAUAAUUUAUACCGGUAUAAAA